AGAGGUGUUGCAGAAGAGAGGUGUGAACUCCCAACUGUUUCUCCACAUGGAGUACACCCCCCUCCCACCCAUCAACCUCACCAACACAAGUGGGCUGGAUGGAUCGACGGAAGGUCCUGCCCUGAAGGAGGAGCCAGAUCAAGUGGCUGGGGUGUUGUAUGUGCACAUCCACAGUGGAAUGGACCUGGUGUCCAUGGACAGGAAUGGUUUAUCAGAUCCCUACUGUAUCGUCUUCUGCAACAAGAGAAAGGUCAAGACCACACAUUAUGUCUGCAGCACUCUGAAUCCCAGCUGGGAGUCUAGUGUGGAGUUUUUUGUUGCAAACUACACAGAGAUCACCCUGUCCUUCCUGGUAUAUGACUGGGAUGGAAGGAAGUUCUGCAAUGAUGACUUCUUGGGGUCGUGCAGCCUAUCUCUGGCCCAGGCCCCAUCCUGCACCCUGAGGAAGGUAAUGCCCCUGGGGUACGGGGUGGGGGACAGGGUGGCAGACAUGGGCUCCAUCACUGUGUCAGUGGUCUUCAGGCCGGUGGGAUCCGUGGCAAAGUGUGUCGACCGCCUGACUCAGCGAGAGAGUGAAUCAGACAUAGAGAAUGCCGGCAGCUUCAACAAACAGAAGAGACGAUUCAUGGCAUCCAUGUCCAAGUUUAAGCAACCAGAUGCACUCUCAGGGGUAAGUCAAGGCCAUGGACUGAUGGAGUUGAACAUUCUGAAGGGGAAGGACUUGGAAGCCAAAGACAUGAAUGGUCUGAGUGAUCCUUUCUGUGAAGUCAGGAUCAAGAACGAUCUCCUCUUCAAGUCAACGGUGAUCAAGAAGAGUCUGAACCCAGUGUGGGACGAGUCGGUCACCAUCAACAUGCCUGCACAGAAUGAGACACUGGACAUUACGGUGUGGGACAGAGAUCCCUUCUUCAUGAAGGAGUUUAUGGGCAGCAUGUCAUUCACUCAGGAGGACAUCCAGAGACUUUCAAAGGAGGGUCCUACAUGGUUUGAACUACAGAGAAUAAAACAGGGCUCUAUACAGCUUAUGUUCAAAGUCAUCUACAACCCUCAGGCCACACUAGAGGUAGAGGCCCUGAGCAGUGAGGGACUGGACGUGGUCCCAGGGGAGUUGGCGGAGGAGGAUGAGGAAGUGUUUGAGGAGAACAGUGACAGCCGACGCUCCAGUCAGAGCUCCAGUAUCCAUCAGUCAGCCAAAUCCCCCAGUAAGGAGGGAUCACGGCAGCUGGAGUCUGUUGCAGAGUCAUCUCAGUCUGAGUCUGAAGCCCCACCAGAGAAGCCCAGGGUGGAGAGGUUCUCCUCUCUGACAGGGAUGUUCAGAAAAAAGAGCCUUCCUCGCAUGAAUGUGUUGAACACAAGUCAAAGCACAACAGAAAGUACGACACCCAACAAGAAGUUUUCUGCGUUCCGCUUGAGAAAAAGGAGUAAGAGUUUCCAGAACCUUAUGGUGGAUACCAGUAAUCCACGACCACCUCUCCAUCUGUCCUCUUCCUUUGUGAAUGUUUCCAGGGAAACCACCAGUGCCAAUGGAACAGCCAGUCCCAUCCCACCAGCGUGGAGGUACUACAACGUGAACGGUGCAGUGCUCAGGGCAAGAGGACUCAGGGGAGACAUGCUGAAAAAAGAGCUGUACUGUAGGCUACACUUUGUUAGUUUUAAUGCCAAAGGACGAAGCUUCAAAGCCCAGCAGAUCUGCAAAACAGAAAAAGUCAAGGCUUCUCCUGCUCCGUACUUUGAUGUCACAUUUCAGGUGCCGGCAGAUCUGACAGGUGCAGUAAACGGCAGCUGUAUUCUACAGAUGGACAUCAAGAACAUCGACAAACAGGUGGUGACCAGGGGUUCUGCAUCUAUCAGUGAGAUCCUCGGAGAGUCAAGAGAAGUCCGUAAGUGGCUGAAAAUGGAUGAUGAUGCUGAGGUAGAGAUCCAGCUGUACAGUAGUCACCACACCAGCACAGCCGACCCCCCGGAGGUGCGCCCCUCCACCCCCACCCGCUCCAUCAGCAGCCCCAGCAUGCAGAGGCUCAGCGUCUCCGGACAGUCACCAGACCUGCUAGCAGUGCCCCCUAGUGGUGAUACAGUGCCAAACACCCCAGCCAAGCCUACAAGCUGAAACUGCAGGGGGA